AUGUCCGACAGAGUAAACACCUAUGAUCAAUCACUUAAUACUGGCAAUGGCCUUCUCUCCCACUCAGAUCCCACUUCGGCAACUUCUGCCUUACCAGGCCCAGUCUCAACUUCGAUUGCCACUGCUGAGGCAGGCAGUCUGACCCAGUCCUCUCACGCUGGCUCGUCUACCGCUCACCCUAAGGAGACAGGGGAUAUAAAGCCACCAAAGACUGAUGCAAACUCUGAAUCAAGUAUGACAACCGCUGAAACCAACUCACGAACCAGUCAUAAUCUGACACCAGAACAAAGUAUUCCUACUACAGAAACUGCGGAUAGCUCUAAAGAGACAUUGACAUCCAGUAGUCUCACCGACACUGCCGAUCAGGCCUCUACGACUCAACCUUCUACAACGGAGACCGCCACGUCUAGUAGCCUAGUCUCUACUACUAACCCAUCCGGCUCCGUGGCACUUACAACGACUACCGGUACAUCGCUAUUACCUGAAAGUUUCACAGAAUCUUCUCAAGUAUCAUCAUCCUCUGCGAUUCCUCCGGUACCGCCACCUGUGCCUUUGUUCACCAAAUCUACAACAUCCGAUCUCUCCGAAAUAACCUCGUCUUCCACUGAUUUCGGAUCUACCCUGAACGAUAGUGCUUCUACAACCUCAUGGCAAGAAACAACCUCUGCCCCCGGAGGUAGACCUUCCAAUAUCGAUGUUGCUAAUAUACAACUCGAUUCAAGUGCGUCUUUCGAAUACUCGAGAACAGAAGAGCAGACAUCGAUUGGAUCUAGCACUUCGACAAAUAACCUUGCUUCCGCUCCGAUCACCGCCAAUAACGCAAAAGCGAGCGCAGAUACCACCUCAAUCGUACCAGGCCAAAGCGCAGCCAGUAGUGAGGCCUCGUCAUCCGCUAAUGCGAAUGCAGACUCAGCUCAUUCAAGCUCAGACCCAAAUAUCAAAAGUGAAGAACAAGGUGGCAAAUUGGGUUCAAUCGCCAUUGUCGGGAUUGUGGGAGGUGUGUUGGUUGGUCUGAUCCUGCUAUACCUCGCAUGGUAUCAAUGGCGAAAGAAACGAGCCCGGGAAGCCUUGAAUGAUCUUUCUGAUGACCCUAUGGACGAAAAAUUCUCCCCAAAACUCUAUCAUAGUCGAGUGACUCGAUCUUCCUUUGGCGCCGCAGAUCCUAUUACACCAUAUCCACAUCGUCACAAAGGGAGAAGAAGAGAAUCAUUGGGGAAUGAUGAUGAAGAUGAUGAACAUUGGUUUGAGCCUCAUCAGGGAUAUUCCGCAGAUCCUGAAGACAGAAGUAUGGGACAAGAUCCAUUUGAUGAUGCCCUUUUCAAUUCUUCGAGAAAUACUUUACCAACUAAUGUAGGAAGGACAGAGUACAUGUUAGGUCAAUACGGAGAUGGGAUGACAGCUGCUUUAGCGGAAGAUCUGAGUCCAACAUUGCCACAUACGGCCAUCCCUAGUCGAACAAGAGGCGAAAAUCCAUUCGUUCCUCCAGUUCCACAAAUGCCACCUACAUAUGGUGGAUUGAAUAGAAAUGCUACCAAUCGUACAGUAAGGACAAUCCCUGCUGUACCAGACGACGUAGAUCCGGGUUACGACGAAAGUGUUUAUCAGACAUAUGGAGGAUCUUCUAGACCACAGACUGAAUAUAUGGAACCGAGUACAUCCAAUCUUCUUCCUUGGAUCAAUAAAGGUCACCAGGAUGAAAGAUUCCCAAACCAGCCAGAACUCGGGCAAGUACCGGUUGAUACAGACUCUGAAGAGCGAGGAAACCAAAGGGCACCACCAAGAGCAAUGAUGGCUCAAGUACCUGUAGGAGGAAGACCGGAAGGACAUGGUGGAGAGCUGGGUCAGAUCCCCAUUCCUGCAUUCAGAUAA